CUUGGUAUGUCUUUGCAGCGUAGAACCAGCUCAAACACUAGCUUAUAUCCUUACAUUGACAGACAUUGUAAGGUCUUGUUAGUGAAGGUAAAAAAACAUGGCGGCUUCACGUGCCUUGGCUGCACUGCUUGCCGUGGCAAUACUGGUGCUGAUUUCAUCUUCAGUUCCUCGCGUUAUGGCGGGCGACCCCAGCCCUCUCCAGGACUUCUGUGUUGCUGAUAUGAUGACCCCUGUGUUCGUGAACGGGUUCGUUUGCAAGAACCCAAAGCUGGUGAUGGCGAACGACUUCUUCCGCGCCGGCCUCAAUAAGCCAGGCAUGCUGAACGCGCUGGGCUCCGCCGUCACGUUGGUGUCUGUGCUGCAGCUCCCCGGCCUCAACACGCUGGGCAUCUCCCUGGCGCGCAUCGACUUCGGCCCCAACGGGUUGAACCCGCCGCACACGCACCCGCGCGCCACCGAGAUUCUGACCGUGAUCAAGGGCCAGCUCCUCGUCGGCUUCGUCACCUCCAACCAGCAAGACGGCAGGAACCUGCUCUUCACCAAGCAGCUGGUGGAGGGCGACGUGUUCGUCUUCCCACAGGGGCUCAUCCACUUCCAGGCCAACAACGGGCCCAACCCCGCACUCGCCAUCGCCGCACUCAGCAGCCAGAACCCCGGUACCAUCACCAUCGCCAACGCUGUGUUUGGGUCCACGCCGCCCAUCAGCGACCUCAUCCUUGCCAAGGCGUUCAUGACCGAGAAGGACACCGUGGACUGGAUUCAGUCCCAGUUCGCGCCGGCCAUGAGCGGUAAUAGCAGCAUGGGCGGCGGGGGCAACUAUACCGGCGGCGGUGGCGGUGGCGGCGGCUACUACCCUGGCAUGCGCAAGAAGCCCUAAGCUAGGCCAGCAAUCCAUAACCCUAAUAAUAAUUUAAGAUCGAUACACUUGCUAGUAAACAAGACACCGAAAGCCACUGUAUACUGUACGCUGUGACGUACUGGUGUAGGCGCGUACUGCUAGUAGUUUGUGUUGAUCGGGGAGUACUAAUACGUACUAGCUCUGUCGGUCGUGUAGAAUAAACAGUGGCGAAAUACUACAAUCAGUGUAUACUAGGUAGCUAAGCUGCUGCCUCUCUACUCUAUGUGGAAUAAAAUCAAAAGGGUUUGUGUUUCUCUUC